AUGGAUCAGAUGACCCCGAGUGUAUCAUUCAGCCUCGAUUUGUGGCCAAAGUCCUGCUGCUCAUUUGAUGCUGUGGUAAAUGUUCCCGGUAAACCCUUUAUUAAUCCUUCACCUGAGAACCCACCACAGCCACCAAAAUCCCCUCCAAAAGUUCUGGUCAUCUAUUCCCAGGACCACUAUCUCUACAGGGACGUAGUGCUUAAGUUGUGUGCUUUUCUCCAGGCCAAAUGUGGCACCAGGGUGCUGGUAGACCUGCUGGACACCACCUCAAUUAGUAUGGUGGGACGUCUCCGCUGGCUCGAGUGGCAACGACAACAGCUGACAAACCCCUGUGACAAAAUCCUGGUGUUGUGCUCCCGUGGCGUUCAGGCAAAGUGGAGGGCCAUGUGUGGUCAGGGGCGAGUGAUGCUCAAGGAAGACUUUUUGUCUCCCACAGAUGACAUGCUCAUUCCAUUUCUGAAUCUUUUCCUGCCAGACAUGCACCAGGCAGGGAUGCUGGGUAAAUACAUGGUAGCCUACUUUGAGGACAUCAGCGGUGAACAAGAUGUUCCUUCUGUUUUUGACAUUGGAGUCAAAUACAUUUUGAUGAAGCACUUUGAGGAACUGUACUUUCGUAUCUUAGACAUUGAGAAGUAUCAGCCAGGUCAGGUGAACCACAUCGAGGGAAUUGGUCGGGAUGAGUACUUCAACUGCCCCUCAGGCAGAGCCCUGCAGGAUGCCAUCACAACCUUUCAGGCCUACCAGUUAGAAAACCCUAACUGGUUUGAGAAGGAGUGUGUGCUCAGUGAGGAGGAGGCUAUCACCAAAGCUCAUCAGCUCAUCUUACCUCUGCAGACCCCUCCUGUCUUUGAAUGUGUUGUCCCAGUCAGAGAGAGUCUUCCUGUAUACACUCAUGAUGUGGAUCUUAAUGAAAACUGCAAUAGUGUUCACGUUCUUACACCUGAGCUGAAACCAGAGAACCAGAUGUCAUCAGUGGCAGAACUUCUACCGCUUCUGAAUCCUGAGUGGAAGUAUCAAUACUCAUCGAGCCAGGUUGAGGUUUUGACUGAUAUUGACUCCAUUCCACAGUCCAUCUACACAGCUGAGCCUGUUUUGAACCACCAAGCACUGGUCCAGCAGAACUGGCUGUCCCUUAGAGAUGAACCCUUGGCUGAAAUGCCCACUCAGGAUGAUGAGGAUUCUUUACUGUCUAUAAAUAAAGAACUUUCUGCUCACUCAGUCCUCAUGAACUCUCAGGACUCAGGACCUCCAGAACCUUCAUGCUCUUGGGCUCUUAUCCAGAGUCAUUAUUUUCCAUCACCUGAAAUCAGCCUCUCCCAGCCUGUGGAGAUGGAGGUGGAGGAGCAGCUGAGUGAAAAACAUCCAAGCAGUGGAUCUGAUCAAGGCUACAUCUCAAAGACAUCUUCUGAGAAUGAAGCACCUUUUAAAGAGGACCCACUGGUAGCUUUGGCAAGACUGCAGGAGGAGCUUUUUCAGCAAAAUCUUGAGUUUUCUUACAUGGGUCCUGAAGAGGACUGA